GUGGCCGUGCGCGGCGGCUGGUGGUGAGCGCGGGGCCAGCCGGGCUGCCGGGGGUGGGGCGGGGCGCCGGGAACUUGGCUGUGGAUCAGGCAGGAAAAAAAAGUUUGGCAGGGCGGCCAAGUGCGGCGCCAGGCGGAGGGGCGGCGAGCCCCGCGGCCGGCGGGUACGCGCGAGAGUGUGAGUGUGUGCCGGGCUCCGGGAACCGGCGCAGGCUGCCUCUCGGAGCCGGGGAGGCCCGGGAGGCGGGCGGCGGCCGGCGUGUGCGCGUGGCUGUGAGUGUGAGUGUGUGCGCGCGCGGGCGGCGAGAAUCAGGAAGUCACCGCGGCGAAGCGCACAGACAUGUUUGAUCGCGGUGACAUGACGCGCGCCCGGGAGGAAGCGGCGGGGGCCGGGCCCCGGGCGCGGGCCUAGCGCUCACCACCAAGCCCCGCGUCGGCCACCACGGCGUCGUCCCCGCCGACCCGGGAGCCCAGCGCCGCUUUUUGUUCCGCGCCCCCAGGUUAGUGUUAUUCGGCUUACUGGCACAGGCAGGAGAAGUUGAUGUCCACACCCACAGACCCUGGCACGAUGCCCCACCCAGGGCCUUCGCCGGGGCCCGGACCCUCCCCCGGACCAAUUCUGGGACCUAGCCCCGGGCCAGGGCCAUCCCCAGGUUCCGUCCACAAUAUGAUGGGACCAAGUCCUGGACCUCCAAGUGUCUCGCACCCAAUGCCGCCGAUGGGGUCAGCUGACUUCCCGCAGGAAGCCAUGCAUCCGAUGCACAAGCCCAUUGAUGGUAUGCAUGACAAGGGGAUUGUAGAAGAUAUCCACUGUGGCUCCUUGAAGGGCACCGGGAUGCGACCCCCGCACCCAGGAAUGGGCCCUCCCCAGAGUCCGAUGGAUCAGCACAGCCAAGGUUAUAUGUCUCCGCACCCAUCUCCACUGGGAGCCCCAGAGCAUGUAUCCAGCCCUAUAUCUGGCGGAGGCCCAACACCGCCCCAGAUGCCGCCGAGCCAGCCGGGGCCCCUCAUCCCGGGCGAUCCGCAGGCCAUGAGCCAGCCCAGCAGAGGCCCCUCGCCUUUCAGUCCUGUCCAGCUGCACCAGCUUCGAGCUCAGAUUUUAGCUUACAAGAUGCUGGCCCGGGGCCAGCCCCUCCCCGAAACACUGCAGCUCGCAGUCCAGGGGAAAAGGACGUUGCCUGGCAUGCAACAACAACAGCAGCAGCCGCAGCCCCAGCCUCAGCCCCAGCCGCAGCCCCAGCCGCAGCCCCAGCAGCCAGCCCUCGUUAACUACAGCAGACCACCCUCUCCGAUCCUGCAGCUGCAGCAGAAGCAGAGCCGCAUCAGCCCCAUCCAGAAGCCGCAGGGCCUGGACCCCGUGGAGAUACUGCAGGAGCGGGAAUACAGGUAA